AUGAAAUUGAAAAAAAUAUUCAUAGCCUGCGUACCUUACUCUUUUCUUCUAAGUAUGGUUACGGAAGAAGAAUCCAUCACUUCUUCCGAACUCGUAAAAUUGAGCAAGUCGAUAUAUCUCGAUUAGAUAUUGCAUCGAAUAUUGCAAUAAAUCAUGAACUACUAAUAUUUCCGUUUAACAUAUCCUUUAAUUAACAUCUUAUUUUCCUUUGUUUUUUCUUGAUUUUCUUUUUUAAUUUUUAUUUUUUAUAAAUUUGAAAUUUAAGCAAAAAUUUUUUUUUCAUUUCUCAUCACAAAUUCAAUGAAAUGAAAUUCAUUUCUGAUCUAAUAUUAUUGACGCAGGAGAAAAGAUAGAUUCACAGACAAGAUCAUCUAUAAUGAAAUACAAAAUAAAUAAUAUAUUUAUUGUUUUUUAACAAUCGAUGUUUCAGAACAAGUGUCAUGAAAUUCUAUAUGAUGUCAUGCCUGUCCUAUUCUUAGUUAAUGAUUACUACUGACUAACUUGGAUAGAUCAGACAUCCAAUAACAGAUGCAGGUAUACCUUAUGAUCUUUGUCUGUGUUCAAUGCUUUUUUAUGCUCCAUCAUUGACUAAUUGUAAAUAGCACAACAAGCUAUAUUUCGUCCAAUGCUUCUUCGUGUUUCAUGUUUAGGAGUCACCUAACCGUGUCACAUCUUACUAUAUUGAAUUAGGCAGGUUAUUAAGCACUGCAUUAAAAUGUUGAAUAAUGUUACAUCUGCGCCAAAAAUUAUUUAUUAAAUUAAACAUGAACGCUUUUUUAUUUACAUGACUAUUCACAACUGUCGACGAUUUCAACUUAAUCUUUGAUUCUAAUAUAAUUAUUUUUACAUAAAUUCUACAUAAUUUAGUAUAUGUUGAAAAUAAAAUUAAAACAGAGUUGAAAAUAAAAUUAAAAUUAUAAAUAAAAAACCAACAGUGUGAAUGUAAUUUUAGUUUGCAAAAAAUAUAGAAAUUACAACAUUUAUCAUUGUCUUGAAUUAAUAAAGGUUAUAGAACAACAAAAACUUAAAAUUACCAAAUUAUUAAUUACUGUAAUAGGAAAACCGUUCGAAGUACAUAGUAAUAAAGGCUGUCACCUAUUCCACAUUACUGACAUAAAAAUCAGAAUGACUUAAUAAUUUUUUAAAGAAUUUAGUUUUAAUUUCAAUUAUUACUGACGUUAUAUACUCGCUUUAUAUCAGUUCUAUACAUCUUUCGUAAAUAUUGUCUAUUAACUACAUUUGAAAAGCUCGAAGUGAAGUCUAUAAACCUGAAUAACGUGGAUUUUAAAAUAAUCCUUGAAAUCUUAUAUAUGUGGAAAUAUUAUAAAAACGUAAUAUCUACAAGGAACAAGGAAUUUAUUUUAAUUUUUGAAAAUAGUAGUGAAAAAUAAUCAAAUGGAGUACAGUGGAAGGAUGAAUAAUAAAACAACUUUGAAUUCUUUCUUAAGGAUUCUUUCUCAAGGUUUAAAUUCAAUGAAUUUAAAAAGAUAUACAAUAUAAUUUACAAUUAAAUUUAAUUCUUUAGUAUAAUUAUUAAUUAUUAUUUAGGCGCACAAAUUAAGCCCGGUACAGACGAGCCUUGUCUGCCACAAAUUGUCAAUAGUAGUGUUUUAAAAAGAAGCACAAAGUUCUUUUUCUCACAAAAAGAAGACUAA